AGUAUCAUAUAGGACUUCUCCAGAUACAUUAUCCAGGAUAUAUGCAUAAGUCAUGUCAUCGAUACUUGUAGACGCUACGCCAUUUAUGGCGUAUGUUGACCGGCGGGAGUUGUUGAAGUCAUUGCGGUCUGAGAGCGAAUUUCGGGCGCAUCGUCAAGUCUGCCUAAAUCACAGUACCACCGUCUACGUUGGUAAUCUGUCCUUUUACACCUCAGAGCAGCAACUGAUGGAGCACUUCCGUCCCUGUGGCGCGAUACGGGACAUCGUGAUGGGCCUCAGUGAGAGCUCUCGCACCCCAUGCGGGUUCUGCUUUAUCGUGUUCGAGGCCCAGGCGGCGGCGGCGAUGGCGGUGCAGGUGCUGCAUGGCACGCUUCUCGACGAUCGCGUGAUCAGCGUUGGCUGGGAUGUUGGGUGCGAUGAGAGUCGGCGUUGGGGGCGCGGCGCGCACGGCGGUCAGGUCGUCGACGGUGUUCGACAGAACCUGGACGAGGGACGUGGGGGACUGGGCGCGCUUCGCCGCGACGCGCUCGGCGUUGAGGCCUCGCUUGCGGAAGAAGAAAUGCUCGAGUACACGUGGAUCGCACCUAGGGUAGUCAAAAGGCGUCUCGCCCCUGCCGCCGGUUCAAAACGGAUCUGAAAAUUGAAAAGAGAGGAAUGAAGUCUCGCAAUAUUUUGUGGUAAAUCCUUGUGUGCGCUUGACGAACCAUUCAUGGUGUGGACGAGGAGCAAAGUGUAAAACUUUUGCGGUUAAACAUUAAUU